GAGAAAAAUAAUCAAAAUACGCUGAUCAUGGGAACUUUUGAGUAAACUUUCUUAAAUAUGUAAUGUUGGAGCGAUGUAAUCAAAUUCGCUUGGCAUAAAACCAGAAUUUCUACUGAAAGUUUACAAUAUUGUUUACUACUUGUAUUCCGUUGCCGUCACAGGUAUCCUAGCAUGUGCAGGCCUUCAGUAAGACAUGUCAAGGUUCAGUCAGCCGCCUGACGGUUUGCGGCAGAAGGGCAGCAAGGAUGUUGUACUGUCCAUAAACAUGGGGGACACCAAGGACAGUGUGGCAAGUGACAGGGCAGUGCCCGUCCACCUCUUAUGCUGUGACCUGAGUCAUUUGUCUCGGACCUCACAGUUUGUCUUGCUGACGGCUGCUACCUUUGCAUUUUUUCUUGUCUACGGUUACAUGCAAGAGCUCAUUUUCAAACUAGAGGGAUUUCAACCUUUCGGCUGGUAUCUGACGCUGGUCCAAUUUGCCUGCUAUGUCUUUAUAGGUCUAGGAGAGCUUCAGCUGAAAGAGGAUAGAAGUCGGAAGAUCCCACUGAAAACAUAUCUUUUGCUGGCUUUUCUGACUGUUGCCACCAUGGGUCUGUCCAACACCUCAGUAGGCUACCUUAACUACCCUACACAAGUUAUUUUCAAGUGCUGCAAGCUCAUACCUGUACUGAUUGGAGGCAUACUUAUCCAGGGUAAGCGAUUCAGUCUUUAUGAUGUGGCAGCAUGCCUGUGUAUGAGCCUAGGCUUGAUUCUUUUCACCUUAGCUGACAGCACUGUACAGCCCAACUUCAAUCUCUAUGGUGUCGUGCUGAUAUCCCUUGCCUUGUGUGCAGAUGGUGCCAUUGGAAAUGUACAAGAAAAAACUUUGAAACAGUAUGGGGCAUCAAAUACAGAAAUGGUCCUAUUUUCAUAUGGCAUAGGUUUCAUCUACAUUUUUGUGGGGUUGGGUUUGACUGGAGGCCUUUUACCUGCUUUCCAGUUUUGUCAAAAGUACCCUGUGGAAACCUAUGGUUAUGCUGUGAUUUUCUCCAUAACUGGUUACUUGGGCCUCAACAUUGUGCUGACUUUUGUAAAGACUUUUGGUGCUCUAAUUGCAGUGACAGUAACAACAUGCAGGAAGGCUGUGACCAUAGUUCUUUCAUUCAUCUUCUUCACAAAGCCUUUUACAUUCCAGUACUUAUGGUCAGGUCUCAUUGUAGUACUGGGCAUUUAUUUGAACUUGUACAGCAAGAACAAAGUUGCAUGGGAUGCUCGCAUUGAUGAAUUUCUCAAAAAUAUCGGCAUACGAAAGCGGCACUGGCAGCUAGGGGCUGAAAGUUUGGUUUAAGAUCUCAUCAGUUGAAAGGAUGAAUGCUUGAAGGAAUGGUCCAUAUUUUCAAUAGCACUCAGAACUUUUGAAAAGUUUGCGCAAGUACCCUUUUGCAAUCUUUGAUAUUGUGUCUUGAACUUGCUGCAAUAAUAACUGUGUGGGUAGAAAAUUUUUAUAUCUCAAAUAUUGGAUUUUUUUUUUAAAGUGGUGGGGAGGGGAUUCAAUUUCUAUGACCAUCAAAUAUGUUGUGUGGUAUGUACAGAAACUUUAUUUUAAAUUGUGUGUAUAUAUAUAUAAUCUACUGGGACACAAGAAUACAAAAUAUUUUAAAUUUGCAUAAUUGUGUACAGGUGCACACACAAUUAUUAUAACUGUUUUGAGGGUUGCGGGAGCAUGUCUUCCCUUUUGUCAUGGAUGGGUGUCAUCAAAUUACACUCACUCAAGACACAUGCACAUUCUUUCAACAACAAGUUGCCUUUUUGGCUGUCCAGAUUGUGAUAUGUUAGAUUCCUGGAUGAAGGACUUCAGACAUGACAAUAUGAAACACCCUUCUAGCAAUAUUUAAUUUGUGUCUACAUUCAAGAUUUGAAACACACCAAACCAAAGUGUGCAACUCCAGAAAGUUGCACAAAGUCUGGAAAGUUGGGAUUUGUGGUGGGGGAGGAAAACACAAAUGACAUAAAUAUGUCUAUAUGCUAAUAAUAAAACUAAAUUUCUACCCUCACUUGAAUCAAAAUUAUAAACAUCCUUAGUUUCAACUUAAUGUCAUCAAUCAAACAGAGUUAAAUAUUUAUACACAAGCAACAUCUAGACGCCCCUUUAUUCACUCCCUUCAUUUACAAUCACUGCAAUAUUAUGAGAAUAUGGGUCAGGUGUGGGCUGAGAAUCCUUCCUACUAACCAAAAAUUGUCAAUAGUAUGAUAAUUGUCAGUAAUAUGCAAUCAUGCAUAGCAAAAUCAGAACUAGGCCUGGGUGUCCUUUGGAUCUAAAUUCUUUAAAUAUAACAUACAGAAGGAAACAUAUAAUAAGGACACUGGCUCAAACUUUCCAUUCCCAAGACAUCAGUGGAGUGUGGAGAAGGGUUGCCAGGCAUUAAUGAAAUGCUCUGAAAUACACCCCACUAGACCUUAAGAUGUCAGACUGAAAAACUGCUGAAUCUAUAGGGUUCUUCUCCCCAUGCUGGGUGUUAGGAAGCACCUUAGGGUCACCAAAGGUAAUGUUGCCUGACAAAAGAGAGGUCCAACACAAUAACUAGUGAUAGCCAGGACAAGUGACAAAAACAGCGUUGUCAAAUCAUGGAAAGGGUGAACACGUCAACCCACUUUCCAAAUCACAUGUACACGCCACUCAAGGUCAUGCAUGUAGUUCUAUGCAGUCCUACCCUGGGGGGAAAAAUCUGUAAAUCAGGUGUUAUGAUUUAGCGCACAUUUCUGCUUAAAUUGCUCUUGUCUCUCCAAGACAUCUUGCUUCCCCAUAAUGUUAAUGGAUAAUGUUUUCCCCAUAAAUAAUAAACUUUUUACAAGGUGCAUGUGAGCAGGUAUCCCCUUUAAAAUUAACACAAAUUUUCAUCACAUAAAUAAAAAAGAUUUUUAUUCUUCUCUAAGUAAUAAUACAGAGAAGCUUUAUCUUAAAAUUCAUAAACUUAAGAUGCAGUAUUUUAGAAUGGUGUCUUGACUGGGUCCCUGUCCUGACCAUGAAAAGGUAUUUCUCUUGUAGAAGGGAGCUGUUACAUGUGAAUAUAAGUGCAUGUUUGUUGGUGAUUCAGUUUACUUCUAUUCAUCAUUUCUGUAAAGCACUUCGAGCAAAUCGUUGGAAAAGUGCUUUAUAAAUGUUUGUUAUUAUUAUUACCUUGAUUACAGGGAAGAGGUUGUGUUAUUCAACACACAUAAGCACAAUGACUGAACUAUGAAUGCUCACCAGUUUCCUAGUUCCCAAGCUUAGUGACUACACUGGUCACUCAGAGCUUGACAAUGUUCUUUUCAUCUUCUUGUGAUAAUACAGUCCUCCCCUUCCUGUUUAACAGCAUAUAACAUGUCAAGUUAGGGUCCGACAGAUUGGUUCAUGGCACCCUUGUAUGUAUGUUAGUUAAGAUUUAUUCCUCGUUGCUCCUUUCAGGAGCAUAGGGCCGCAUGUAUAAUGUAGGCCCAUAAAUCUAUUGUCACUUUUAAUGCUCAUCAGAUGAGCGAGAAACUCCACAUGCAAAACAGAAGCACUCAUGCAACCUAAUUUUAAUUUCUGUGUUAAAAUAUAACAGGUGUUGACAUUUGCAUUUAUUACUCUUUUUAAAAUUAAUGUUUAAAUGGAAUGUGUUUCCUCUGCAGCUUCCAUGAUAGUGAAGGACAAGGCAUGUUUAUAACAACUGACAAUUGCAAUUUUUCUGUAGUUGUUAAUAAGACUUUGUCUCUCACAAAACAGGGUUUCUUAAUCAAGAUACUGGAUCAAAAGCACAAAAGUCUGUUAGAAAAUUUUUUUUAAUGUGGAUUAUUGUGAGGAUAUAUUGGUUUUGUACUGCUUGCUAAAGUGAAAAGAAUGAAAUACAACAGCUUUAAGAUAGAAGUUUUUGUACUUAACAAUUGACAGUGUCAUUGCUUACAAAGGUUAGGGUUGCAUUACAACUUAAUUAAAAUGUACUUAGUAUCUCUUGAUUAUCCUUUUCUUAAUUCAGGAGAUAUAAAAUAUUGCACUUCUUGAGGACAUCAAACAUGCUUUCUGAGAAUCUCAUUGUCAAAGAUAGUAAUCAAAACUGGAAAGAUUUCACAGUUUCUAUUAAGGAAUGGCUGGAUAAUCUUAGAAAAGAUGUUGGCAAACAUGCAGCACUUAUAAAAAUGUUAUGACUAUAAUAUGAAAGCUAAGUUUAACGAGAAUAUGUGCAAAUAGUUGUGCAUGCAUGCAACCUGUAAUAGAGAAAUUUCUGAUUUUGAGUGGUUAUUAAAGCAUAAUGGGAGAAAAU